GCUGGAUGUUUGCAGCCUACCAGCUGCAGGCCCUGCCUGCCCUCCCUCUCCUCCAGGGCUGGGUUUUUCCAGCCGGAACCUCGCUCCGCUCCCUCUACAGCAAUCUCUGGAAAUCGGUGUCUGACGCGGCUGCUCCUGCCUAUUAUUUAUUUAUUUCUUCUCUUCCCGCUGAGACCCUCCUGUCAGAGGAGAGCAGCAGUCCGGAGACAGAGGAAAGCAGAAGCUGCCGCGAGAGCUGGGAGCAAAGAGAAGGGAGAGAGGGGCUCCCAGACACCCUUGUCUGUUUAUCCUAGAGGACCAUGAGCACUGGGCAGGAGGCCAGGAGAGAUGAGGGAGACUCCAGGAGAGGCCAGGAAGCCUCGCUUCGGGACCGAGCCCACCUGAGCCAGCAGCGCCGGCUCAAACAGGCCACCCAGUUCUUGCACAAGGACUCGGCUGACUUGCUGCCCCUGGACAGCCUCAAGAGGCUCGGCACCUCCAAGGACCUGCAGCCACACAGCGUGCUCCAAAGACGCCUGGUGGAGGGAAACCAGAGGCGGCUUCAGGGGGAGUCUCCCCUGGUGCAGGCACAGAUCCCCAGCCACGACAGCGGCAGGACCAGUGAGACACAGCGGCCAGCUCUUCUCAUCAACUGCAAGUGCCAGGACCAGAUGCUUCGAGUGGCUGUGGACACAGGGACGCAGUACAACCAGAUAUCUGCUGGAUGCCUCAGGCGCCUGGGGAAGGUUCCAAAAGCCCCAGGUGGGGACCUGGCACCUGGGCCACCAAGUCAGGUGGAAGAGUUGGAGCUAGAGCUGGGACAGGGGACUGUGGCAUGCUCGGCCCAGGUGGUAGAUGUGGACAGCCCUGAAUUUUGCCUGGGACUGCAGACUCUACUUUCCCUCAAGUGCUGCAUUGACCUGGACCGUGGAGUGCUUCGGCUGAAAGCCCCCUUCUCGGAGCUGCCCUUCCUGCCUCUGUACCAAGAGCCUGGCCAGUGACCACUGUCUCAGCCAGUCCCUAGGGCGACACUGUGCCUUAGGGGAAGAGUGGUGUGGAGUGGGACAUCACCUGAGCAGGGCAUCCUGAGACCACUGCAUUAGCCUCUCUUUUUCACCACCCUGAUCUUGCAGUUGCCGCCCCGGCUCUGCUUCUCCACAGCCGCCUUCUUCAUUGCUGUCCCAGGAGUUCACUCAGAGUAUCUGUGGCUUCCCCACUCUCUUAUCCCUUCUGGAGAGCACAGUCAAGUUAGUUACAGCAAGUGGGCUCUAAACUUUUCUCCUGGCUGUGGGGGUCAAAGUUACCUGCUGCCUCCACCUGCCUGAAGCCCACCCCAAGCAUUCUCCACUGUCCUUACCCCUAAUCUCCUACCUCUAUGGCUUAUCAAUCACAACCAGAUUCCUGGCGCCCCUGGCAGCUGGCCCUCUGAUCCUGCCCCCACCUGUUUACCAUUGGGUGGGAGUGCUAAGCAAGCGGGGCUGUCUGUCUAGGAAGGUACAGUCCCUGAGCUGGGGGCUUUUAGUCAUUCCCCUUUCUGGGUUGCAGAUGUCUGAGUGUCUUUCUGCCUGGGCUGACUCUCAAACCAUGGUUAGGGGAAGAGAGACAAUGAUAUAUCUAACCCAAACUAGGGAGCCGGGUCUCUUACAUGGGGACUAAAUACUAAGCCUAGGGGAGACCAAAGAGGAGCUGGGACACAGCCUCACUUUCUUCACUUUCAAGAGCAGGCUGACUUAGCAUAAGUGCCAUGGUGACUUUCUCAUCACGUUGCUUCGAGACCUAUGCUCCUUCCCCAGUCUGCCUCCCGUUGCUCCUGUAGCGGCAGACCUGGCCCAGGCAGGCCCUUAGCCUGCUUCUGCAUUUGAAAUAAAUACUGUUUCUCUAAGCC